AACAAAAACAUAAAAAAAUGAAGAGAUAGAGAUGAUCGAGCCUAUCUCUGCUUCUGCUGCUUCUUCUCUACUAUAUGUACGGAGUAUCUAUCAGUUUUACAGUAAUUUAUCCAUUUCUUAUUAAUUGUAUACAGACACAGAUUGUUGCUUUCCAUAUACGCAAGAGCUUUUGCUUCUUUCGAAUUUUUCAGGUAAAGAAGAAAAGGAAGGCAAGUUUAUCUUCUCAAUUUUCCCACAGUUCAUUCCACUCCCCUCAAUCCGUAUGUUCUUAUUUGUUUAAUAUGGAUUGAUUGAUGGCUCAAUGCGUUGUCGUCUUAGUGAUUCGCGGUUAAUUUGGAUCCGAUUCGGUUGGUUUUGGUGAAUUCUACGAGGAUUAACUGUUGAACUUCCGCUUUUAAAUAUUUGUUGUUGUUGUGCGGUGAGUAGAGUUUUAUAUCGAGAUAAGAAUUGUUGCUGAGUCUAAGAAUUGGAGUGAUGUUGGUGGUGUCUGGGAAUGGAGAUGUUGGGGACUCAUUUCGCAAUUCAAUGGAAGUUGUAAGGGGCGUGCUAUCCCCGAUAGAGUCCGGUUUAAAGAAGGUGGCUAAGGAUUUCGAACUCUGCUGGACUGGUUCUCCGAUUCCCGCAGUUGAUUGUGUUGAGGAUGGGAACACCUCAGAGCUAAAUGUGAAGAGAAAGAGUGUGGCUGUGACAAAGAAGAAGAAGAGUUUAGAUUUGAAGAUGCCAGCUAAGAUGUUCGUAGGGAUUUUUGGGAGUAGUGAUAGAACUGAAGUUAGGGAUAGGAAAGGACUGAAAGAGAAUUGUGGGGAGGGAGAUGGCGGGAAGGGGAAUACGAGUCGAUUUGACUGUUUACAUUUUGCCAUUGCUUGGUCUUUAAUGAUGAAUAACUUUGCCCAGGCUCUUCCGAGCACUUUUAAGGCUGGGGAACAGAGAGGCAAAGUUAUGAAAAAGAGAUCAGAUGGUAAAGUAUCUCAUCACGAAAGGUUGAGUCACAAAGAAGGGAAGGAUGCAUCACUUGAGGGAUUUAUAGGGUUUGUGUUAGAUCAGGUAGCUCAUAAUCUUCAAAAGCUUGACUCUCAUUUUCACGAGAAGGGAUCCAAGGAAGCCACAUCCUUAGAGGUAGUUCCCAAAUUUGCCACCAAUCAUCUUAAGGUGCUUAUUAGUGUGUUUCAAGGGAAAAGAGCAGAUUUCAAUGGAUUCUUGGGGAAUUUGAAGUUUGCAAGAGUUGGAGGUUUGCCGACAAGUGUUGUUGGUGUCUCUUCUCACAACGAGGGGGGAGAUGGUGUGGUCAGUGGUGAUGGUCCACACGUGGAAGGCGGAGGACAAAAAGUGGCCAAUGGGUUGCUGAGCAUUCCCUUGUCAAACGUUGAACGGUUGAGGUCAACUUUGUCAACUAUUUCAUUGACAGAACUAGUUGAGCUCUUACCCCAGUUAGGCCGACCUUCACAAGACCAUCCUGAUAAAAAGAAACUGAUUUCUGUUCAGGACUUCUUCAAUUACACUGAAGCUGAAGGAAUGAGAUUUUUUGAGGAGUUGGAUGGUGAUGGGGAUGGCCAAGUCACUUUGGAAGAUCUUGAGACUGCCAUGAGAAAGAGAAAGUUGCCAAAAAGAUAUGCUCGUGAAUUCAUGCACCGUACAAGAAGUCACUUAUUUUCGAAAUCUUUUGGUUGGAAACAGUUUUUAUCUCUAAUGGAACAAAAAGAACCAACUAUCCUGCGGGCUUAUACUAGUCUUCGCUUGAGCAAAUCAGGAACCCUACAGAAAAGCGAGAUAUUGGCAUUGUUGAAAAAUGCAGGCCUUCCAUCAAAUGAAGACAAUGCUGUUGCCAUGAUGCGCUUCCUAAAUGCUGAUACUGAGGAGUUUAUCUCUUACGGGCAUUUUCGUAAUUUUAUGCUUUUGCUUCCUUCAGACAGAUUACAAGAAGAUCCCCGAAGCAUUUGGUUUGAGGCUGCAACUGUGGUUGCUGUUGCACCACCUGUUGAGAUACCAGCAGGAAGUGUUCUAAAAUCUGCUUUGGCUGGUGGCCUUUCUUGUGCACUUUCUACAUCAUUGUUGUACCCUGUUGAUACAAUCAAGACAAGAGUACAAGCAUCAAGCCUUGCCUUUCCGCAAAUCAUGUCAAAGAUUCCUGAAAUUGGAGCGCAAGGAUUGUACCGAGGGUCCAUUCCCGCAAUCGUAGGCCAAUUUUCAAGCCAUGGCUUGCGGACUGGAAUUUUUGAAGUAAGCAAGCUUCUUUUGAUUAAAGUUGCCCCCACGCUACCAGACAUACAGGUCCAAUCGGCAGCGUCAUUCUGCAGCACUUUCCUGGGGACAGCGGUACGAAUACCAUGCGAAGUACUGAAACAAAGGCUGCAAGCAGGUCUGUUCGACAAUGUGGGGCAUGCAAUUGUAGGCACUUGGCAAAAAGAUGGUCUUAAAGGCUUCUUUCGUGGGACUGGUGCCACUCUCUGCCGCGAGGUCCCCUUUUAUGUUGCCGGCAUGGGCCUAUAUGCGGAAUCAAAGAAGGCUGCCCAGAAGGUAUUAGGACGGGAGCUGGAGCCGUGGGAAACACUUGCGGUAGGGGCGUUAUCGGGCGGUCUAGCGGCAGUGGUGACAACGCCAUUUGAUGUGAUAAAGACAAGGAUGAUGACGGCCCCACCAGGGAGGCCAGUCUCAUUGUCAAUUGUGGCAGUCUCUAUAAUCCGGCACGAAGGAGUCUUGGGGCUGUUCAAGGGAGCUGUGCCCAGGUUCUUCUGGAUUGCCCCUCUUGGUGCCAUGAAUUUCGCCGGCUACGAGCUUGCUAAGAAGGCUAUGGAUAAAAGUGACGAAACUGUUGCUGGCGGCGGUGAGCUGCAGCAUUAAGUUGUUGUGAAGAAGCAGUAGAGGUUAGUGUAUCUAUUGUGGAAUACUCUUUUUUUUGCCCCAAUUGUGUUUAUGAGAUUUUGCUUGAAUGCAUGGAAAUCAACUGCUGGAAAUCUCUCAUGUUAAAAAAAAAACAGCAGAGUGGGUAUGAUAUGAUAUCAUAUAGUUGAAGAUGUGUUGGAAGCCUUUGCUUCUCUUGUGAAAGUUACAAUGUUUUGGUAGCAAUUGUAAAUUGACCACUUCGUGGAAUUCACUCCACU